UGGGUCGGCAACAAUUUCAAACAAGACGUUAAAGGCGACCGUGCCUAACAGCGACUGUCCAGCAGCCAAAAGAAUCCUGCCAGGACUCCAGCCUCCAAAGCCGGUUCAUUCACAACAAAAAAUCCUAAACAAGUUUAAAAAGUGCGCGUAUCCUUGCAAAGUUAAAAAAUAAAAUAAAAGUAAAGAUGCCUUUUGCCCACGAACAAAUUAACUUGGUUGCCAGCGAGCAGCUGAGCAAAACCGAGACCAUCAAGCUGCGCAACCAGCACAUCGGGCAAGCCUGCCAGCUCUUCUAUCGCUCCGAUCCCCUGAAAAUUGUACGCGGCCAAGGUCAAUAUAUGUUCGAUGAGGAAGGCACCCGGUACUUGGAUUGUAUCAAUAACGUGGCACAUGUGGGUCACUGUCAUCCCGAAGUGGUGCGAGCUGGAGCCUUGCAGAUGGCCACCAUUUCGACGAAUAACCGCUUUCUUCAUGAUGAACUUGUGCAGUGUGCUCGUACACUGACCAGCAAAAUGCCGGAACCAUUGUCCGUGUGCUUCUUCGUCAAUUCCGGAUCAGAGGCCAAUGAUUUGGCUCUUCGACUGGCCCGUAACUUCACCAAGCGACAGGAUGUUAUUACUCUUGACCAUGCCUACCACGGUCACUUGCAAUCGGUGAUGGAGAUUUCUCCCUACAAGUUCAACCAACCUGGUGGCGAAGCCAAGCCCGACUACGUCCACGUGGCUCCCUGCCCGGAUAUCUACGGCGGAAAGUUCACGGAUAAGAUGUAUCCAAAUGCAGAUAUGGCUGCUAUAUAUGCCCAACCCAUCGAGGAGAUCUGCCAGAAGCAAUUGGCCAAGGGAGAGGGCGUGGCCGCCUUCAUUGCCGAGAGUUUGCAGAGUUGUGGUGGCCAGAUUUUGCCACCAGCUGGAUAUUUCCAGGCCGUCUACGAUGCAGUUCGUUCCGCCGGAGGAGUUUGCAUUGCGGAUGAAGUGCAAGUGGGAUUCGGACGAGUGGGUAGCCACUAUUGGGCCUUCGAGACCCAGAACGUUGUGCCCGAUAUUGUGUGUGUGGCCAAGCCGAUGGGCAAUGGACAUCCAGUGGGUGCGGUAGUCACCACUCCUGAAAUCGCUCAGGCUUUCCAUGCCACCGGAGUGGCCUACUUUAAUACUUAUGGUGGUAACCCAGUGUCCUGUGCGAUUGCCAAUGCUGUGAUGCGUGUGAUCGAUCAGGAGGGUCUGCAGCAAAAGGCUCUGGUUUUGGGAGACUAUCUCCUUGAUGAAUGCAAUCGAUUGAAGCAGGACUUCGAGUGCAUUGGCGAUGUCCGCGGCGCAGGACUCUUCGUGGGCAUUGAACUGGUUGAGGAUCGAGAGGAACGCAUUCCGGAUAAGAAGGCCGCCCACUGGGUGGUCAACAGGAUGAAGCAGUUGCACAAAGUGCUGGUCUCCUCCGAUGGACCCAAUGACAAUGUGAUCAAGCUAAAGCCUCCCAUGUGCUUCAAUCGCGAGAAUGCCGAUGAGUUCCUGUUGGCCUUCAGGGAAUGCCUGACCGCCGUGAUGCAGGAUCGAUUGGCCAGUGCCACAUCUGCCGCAAUGGCAGCCACCAGUGGGGUUAUUGCCACCGCCGCCGAAACACUGGCCAACAAAACGAAGCUCUUCGAGCGACAGGAUCGCCUUAUUAAGUCCGUCUGAGGAAGUGGCUGCUGGUUGGCCAAUGCCACCAACUCCAUCAAUGCCUCUCCGCCCGGGCACAAAAUAGCUUUAGCCACCAAGGAUAUUUAAGUUAUUCCACUCUCCCCAAAACUUGAUUUUGAUUAGAUUUAGUGCCAUUUACCCGUUAACUCCUAUUAUGUUCGUCAAUUAUCUUCUAGUAUCUAGAAACGUAGGGAGCCCAAAACGAAUUUCUUCCAUUGUUACAUGUAUACGUCAAGUUUUGAUUACAUUAAGUAUAAAUAUGUUAAAAGUGUUAUUGAAAAGUAUAAAUAUACUUUUUUUUUGUAUAUCAUA